GGGAGGGCCACGUGUAUCCACCCUGCCAAACGGUGACCCCUCCUGGGAACUGGGCGGGCGGACCUGAGCAGUGGUAGUCCGGGCUCUGAGAGGAUAUGGCGGCUAUGAGGCCCGGCCUGGGCCGAGUCUUCCCUGGAUCAUCCAUCCUAUUCCUGUGUGACAUGCAGGAGAAGUUCCGUCAUAUUGCAUACUUCCCCCAGAUCGUCUCUGUGGCCGCCCGAAUGCUCAAGGUGGCCCGGCUGCUGGAGGUGCCAGUCGUGCUGACGGAGCAGUACCCACAAGGCCUGGGCCCCACAGUGCCUGAGCUAGGGGCCGAGGGCCUGCAGCCACUGCCCAAGACCUGCUUUAGCAUGGUGCCAGUGGUGCGGCAGGAGCUGGAUGCGCGGCCUCAGCUGCGCUCUGUGCUCCUCUGUGGCAUCGAGACACAGGCCUGCAUCCUGAACACGACCUUGGACCUCCUGGACCGGGGGCUGCAAGUCCAUGUGGUGGUGGACGCCUGCACCUCCCGCAGCCAGGUGGACCGGCUGGUGGCGCUGGCCCGCAUGAGGCAGAGCGGCGCCUUUCUCUCUACCAGCGAAGGGCUCAUUCUGCAGCUUGUGGGUGAUGCGGCCCACCCCCAGUUCAAGGAGAUCCAGAAGAUCAUCAAGGAGCCCGUCCCGGACAGCGGGCUGCUUAGCCUCUUCCAAGGCCAGAAUCCCCUCUUCCCCUGAACUCCCACCCUGCCUGGAGGGGAUACCCUCUCCUGUCACCUGGACCUCGGUGGAAGCGCUUUCCCCCCAUCCUAGGAUCCCAAGAGUGGUGCAGUCCACCGGGAGUACCUCCCCCUCGGGAGGGAAGGCGGGCGCUGCCUUGCUAUUGGGUGGCAGCUCCCAGAAAUGCAAAUUAAACUCUGGAAGCUGGAUGGCCAUUGGUUGAGCUGUGCUGGGGGCGGGGCUCCGCCCCGGGCCACUUCAAGAAGCAGGAAAAGGAGGGGGAAGGAGUGUCACAGUCUGUGGGACCCGGACUCGCGGAAUAAACAUUCAUGUGGCUGUGGACCGAA